UUUUUUCUUGUAAGAAGGUUUUACCAACAACAUCAAUCCUCAAGAAUUUUCCCCAAACAAGAGCUGGAACUUUUGUUUGUCCUUUGAGGUCAACCGUCAAAGGAAAACAAACCUAGCAGCUGGAAAAGGGCAUUGGGGAGGCAGUUAGACCAGACUGGUCUUCUCACUCUAUAUCAGGUGCUGCUGCAGUUUCCAGGAUUAUUUUUUAUCUUCUUCCUGCUGGGCCAGUUUGUCCUGCGGGAUAUCCCAUGAAGAUACCGUCCUGGGAGUCUGAGGGAGUCUGACAGAGCUGAUAGGAACAUGCACUUUAGGAGCAUGGCUCCAUGUUUGGUGCUGCUGCUGCAUCUUUGUAUGCUAGAGGGGGAAGCACAGGACCAGGAGUAUCUGCAGGAAGCCCUCAGGACCUUGGACCUUUCCCUGGGGAGAGCCGACAAGCUUGGACUCCAGAGGAACCAAACUGGCCUCCUGAUAAACAAACUGCUUCGAGAUGUACAUUGUGCAGAGAGGACUGGCAUGACUCAGAACAUGUGUAAAAAAUGCCUGACACCCGACACAGUCCUCUCAGGCCUCGAGGAUGAUGAUAAAAUGUACCUCAAUGAGGAAGACUACCAGCAAAUCUCAACUGUUCUGCUAUAUUACAUAUUAAACUUGGAAGAUCUGUGCGUUUCAAAUACUGUCUCAACUUCAUCCCGUUCCUCCUCGUCUGGGAAUUUGCAGCUCUACCUUCUGGCCCUCGCAAAUCUGCAUCCAGCUGAGGAAAAUAACUUCCUGUCACACAAUGAGGCAGAGCGUGUUCUGCAGCUCAUCAACCAGCACUAUCACCCCUCCAAAGAGGAUGCUUCUGAUACACAAUGUGUUGAUUCAGCCCAUCUUCUACAAGAUGAUGAUGUAGAGGGAAAAUCAGGUGCUACAGUACCCAGAGUAGCAGCAGCCAUAAUCAGCCACAUCCUGCUGGGACACUGUUUCACACAGAAGAACCUCCCACUCCCUGCUUUCUUUACAGAUUACAUAUUUCAGUCUUUGAACUGUACAAAUCACCUGCAGAUUAAUGACCUGCAGGAGCUGCUUCAUCAAUUAGGAAUAGGACACGAAGGAGCAAUGCACCAUCACAAGAGGAAUAGGCGGAGGAUUACAGAAAGUUCACAGAAACUUGCCAAGAAUUUGCAUGAAAACUGGGCACAGGUUUGUUUUUCAGCCAAUCAGCUGGUGGAUAUCUUUGCUCUGGACCCUCAGUUUCCUAUUUCUAAGGAGCAAUUCAGACACAUUUGCCCAGCCAUCAUUCAACAACUGCUAGGGAAAGCCUGCGUACCAGCAAAGACAAAAACACAAGGGUCGCCACCAACCGCUUUAGAGAAGUACGGCUACAGCACAGCAGCUGUUCUGGUCAUUACAGUGGGCUCCAUGUUUGGUAUCUGUCUGGUCUUUUUUAACUCCUGCCAGCAGACAUACACACUCAUCCUGCAGCUCUUUGUAGGCCUGGCAGUGGGGACUCUCUCAGGAGACGCUCUCCUGCACCUCAUUCCACAGAUCCUCGGCCUUCAUGAUGGUCCUCAUGGUCACAACGACAAGCUCUACAAUGAAGACGAGUAUUUGUGGAAGAUUCUGGGCCUGAUAGCUGGGAUUUAUGGAUUUUUUCUCAUUGAGAAAAUAUUUUCUUUUUUAGUCCCUUCUCAUAACCAUGGUGACUUCAGUGACCUUCCCUUGGAGAUAAACUGUAAUGGUCAGUCACAGAGGGGCAAGUCCAUUUCCACCAUCCAGUUAGGAGCAGUGGAGGACUUAGAGUGCACAGAAAUACCUCCUGAACACACAAACUUCAAGAGCCUUCCACAGCAGAAACAAGGGGUUCCACUGCUGGCUCUGAUGGUAAUUGUGGGAGACAGUCUUCAUAAUUUUGCAGAUGGCCUGGUUGUCGGGGCGGCUUUCUCCUCUUCCUCUGAGACUGGCAUGGCAACCACUGUGGCCAUCUUGUGCCAUGAGAUCCCACAUGAGAUGGGAGACUUUGCAGUGUUACUCAGCUCCGGACUUUCAGUAAAAACUGCGAUGUUGAUGAACUUCCUCAGUGCGCUGACAGCCUUCGUGGGCCUCUACAUCGGACUUUUUGUUUCCUCAGACAUAGAAGUACAGCAGUGGAUCUUCUCUGUGACAGCUGGGAUAUUUCUCUAUUUGUCCCUAGGUGAAAUGCUUCCAGAGAUGUGUCGAGUGAAGACCGACAGACCAUGUGUUGUGUUUCUCCUGCAAAACCUCGGACUUCUGAUGGGCUGGACCUGUCUUUUGUUGCUUGCACUCUUUGAACAUAAACUCACUCUAAUAUGGAAUUAGCCUAAAAAAAUUGGCUUCUGAGUUAUUUUGUUUCCAAUGACUUGUUAAAAUCAAAAAUGACAAAAAGCCAUUACUUAUAGGCCCGUUUCCACUAUCGAAUAAUUUUACCAGACCUUCACACCACAUGCUUGUCUCCAUUUCACCAUCCCAGCCUGUAUGAACCAUUUUCUAUGUCAUUUCAGCAACAACCAAGUACCUGUAUUAAGGAAAGUGCUUGUAGAGUUGCUACACGGGACUUGUUAGUAACUCAUGUUGACUGGUUGUCAAAUGCCAUCAAAGAAACCGACAUUUGCUAAAUUGGAAGAAUGGCUAGUGAAGCCAAAUGGAAGGAAAAAAAAUCACCAUUUCCAAACUCUAUAUGUUGGUAAAUGCUGCGGAAGCAGGGGUUUGUGGCUAUAUGCCACAAACCCCUGGCUUGAAAUUCCUUGAAUUUUAACCAGCUGAAUAAUUUCUGGGUCACAUUGUUCUUCAUGGUAUUUGUAUGCUAUCGCUAACUUUGACUAGUAAAGAGCUAGCAUGUAUGUAUAGGGAGCCUAAGUCUCCUCCCUUUCCGGUCGGCUCAUGGGUUCCCGGAAGAAGGAAAAAAAUGAAUGCAAGUCAAUGGGACUAAAAACGCUAUUUUCUAAUCCGCUUAGCUUUACGCCCUGGAUCGCACAUAUGUUGUACUGCAGUUUAAAUGAAAACUAAUGAUGGGUAUUUCAGCCAUGCCAGUCACGUACUUUGAGAUUUAUCAGCUUGUAAAAGUUUGCAAUUAGCAUGAGUACAUUGGCAGGUCGCAUAAGUAACGUCACCACAUAAUCUCUUCUCUCCUAGCAUAGCUGCUACUUACCACAUGGCCAGAUUUGGGAAGGAUUUGAAUUUUGCUGAACUUACAGCCCUUUUCCCUCAGUUUUCUCUGUGUCUGGUUCGAUUACGUCACUUUCGUGAUGCGCAUUUGUAGUCCUGGACUUAUUUUCACAUAAAACCUAAAAUAGCGUUUCCCCCGUUCAAAAAUAAGUGCGUUCUUGGUAUCAAAAUGCGUCUUUAAAAUUGACGGACAUCAUAUGUGAAAUCCAUGGCACAUAACAAGCAGAAUUAGAAAAUAGCAUUUUUUGCCCCAUUGACUCGCACUCCUUUUUUUCAUUCUUCCGGGGACCCAUGGUUCGGAAGAAGGUGGGCGUAACUUAGGCUCACUAUUUAGCAGCCCAAAGCAGAAGUUUGUUAACUCACCUUCAUAACGAAUGUUGGUGGACACCUACUAUUUAAAACCUUUGUCUUUAUGUGUCUUAAAGGUGAGCCAGAUGAUCCUGUUGAUCAUUAUCCUUAUCAGGUCCUGCAACGAUCGCUUAUUAAAGUGCAUUAGAGAACACAAACGUUAUUGCAACCUGGCUAGAUAGUCAGGAAACAUCAUAAUGAGGGUUUGUGGCAUAAACCCCAUUUACGCUGUUCUGUGGUCUACAGAGCACCAUGACUCUUCUGGUUAUUGAACGCCAUUUUUGUGUGUCACACACCCCCUAACCCUAACUCUAACCCUGCAACAAAGCGGACGCAACAAUGUUGACAUCUUAGAAAAGUCCUGAAAGGGCUGAUUUUGUAUGGCGACACAAGGUCAGACUGGACAGAGCCAUCGCAUUUAUCACUUUCACCCCUCCCAGGAAUUUUCUCUAAUUCCUAUAGUAGAAAAACUAUAUUUAAGUGAAGUUUUCAGCUGUAGACUCAGAACUAGAUUACCAACAUCCUUUCACUGAACUCCUGUUUUUAUCUAGAAGUUUUAUAUUUUUUACAUCUGUUAUGAAAUCUAUUGUGUGGUUCCAGAUUAAAUUUGAUCUCUCCUGUUUUGUUUUGUUUUUUAGGAGAAAGGAAUGCAUACAAUAAUUUUGUUGAUUUAAAUCACAAACGAUGAAAUUGGAGUUAGUUUCAAAUAAAUACACUCCUGAAUACGUUUUUAAAAAGGGGCACUUCGUGUUGUUUGAAAAGCAUAAAUAAAAGCUGAUAUCUACUGAU